AUGGCUGAUCAGUCUGCACAAGAGACAGCCGUCGUGCUGACCCUCCCAACUUUUGACAUGACUAAUAUAAACGUGUGGUUCGCCCAGACCGAAGCCAUAUUCCAAGCAAAGCACAUUCACUCUCAGACUGCGCGUUACGCGUACAUUGUCGAGAAGCUGCCACCAGAGAUCGCUGCUGACGUGCUGGACCUUUUGGAAGCCGUUCCCGCUCAUAACCCCUUUGAUAAAGGAAGCCAUCAUCUACCAAGAAAUUACCAAUGGAUAUUCACCAUUGCAGACGUGAAAUUCCCCAUUUUAGGCGCCGGCUUUUUGGCACAUUAUCAACUCAUCGUGGACCUCUCACAGCGUCAGUUAUCUGACUCCACCACGAAGCUAUCUAACCGCGGAAUUAUAUCACAGCUAACAUCUACGGAAUUACGCAUCGCUGUGCCGCGUGAUAAUUCAAUUCAAGAUAUUCUGGAUAAAUUUCCCUCGUUGAUACAGCCUUUUACCUAUACAGAGCCUGUCAAGCACAGUACUCUACGCAGGAUUCGAACUACCGAACAGCCUGUCUAUUCUAAACCUCGCCGUCUUGCGCCGGACAAAUACAAGAUUGCCCGGGCCGAGUUCCAACACAUGCUCGACCUAGAGAUUAUUCGUCCCUCCUCGAGUCCAUAUGCCUCACCGCUUCACAUGGUCACUAAGGCUCAGCAGGGCACCUGGGGGCCGUGUGGCGACUAUAGACGACUUAAUUCACAAACGGUACCCGAUAAACUAACCACGGCCGAUCGACCUUCUAUCGAUCGCUUAAAACCUGCAUGUAUUGAACGCGAUGGAUCAACCAAUCAACCUACGAGCCCUUCGCUAGACAGCCCUCAGCUUUCGUCACCAGCACCUGCCAGGACUGCUAGCGGACGUACCGUCCACUGGCAGAACUUUCAUUACAUAUUGAAAACUCUUUCUUCCCUGACUUUUCAAUCUUGA